AUGAGUCAAACAUCACUGAAAACAAAAAAGAAAAAUGAGCCUGGGAUGAGGUACUCAAAAGAGAGUCUAGAUGCAGAGAAAAGAAAGGAUUCUGACAAAUCUGGAGCUCGUCUGAGCACUCAGAUGAGGCGUGUGGGCUACCCGAAUCACUCGCUGAGAUGUUGCCCCAUGCGGUAUCACCACUUCUGUAGACGCUGCCUUUGUGCAGCUGAGGGAACUAGCCCCUGUCGCACAAUCCGUAUUUAUAUUCACAUGUGCCUGUUCUGGGAGCAGGGCCGGCAGAUCACCAUGAUCAGGGGAUCCCAAGAAAUACCUGUGCCUAAUACAGACUCCCGAGGGUACGUUGUGCGAAAUCAGUGGUCCCGAACAUCACGCAGCCCAUCCACUAGGGCUCCAUCAGUGGAUGAAAACAGAAGCAGGAAUACUGUUGUCAAGGUAGAACUAGCCCCCAACAGCUCUGCUAACUCUCGAACUUCCUCUGCGUCUGCCAGUCAACACGAAACUUCAACCUCGCCUCCACCUCAGGUAUCAGAGAAGUCCCCCGUUCAACAGCCCAGCCCACAGACCAGAACUAUCACACCGCUUGACUCACAACCUCCCACACCACCGGAAACAGAGCCGGACUCCAGAAGAACAUCGAAGAUGUAUACGGCCACUGAUCCCUGGGCUCACAGGGAUAACAGAGAGCCUAGAGACUUGCAGCUGAGGGAGUAUGCACACAGUUGUGACUCUCGAGAAGGGAUACCCAAGACUCGAGAAUAUCCCCGCACUCCUCCUACUGAGUGGAAGUCCUAUGUCCAGCGCCGCAUGCAGUAUGGCAGCUCUGUGGACAUGGAUCCGGACUGUUUACCUGAAGUCCAGCAUCAUCGGCAGAAGCAGCAGAUAGAGGAAGAUGAGGUGGAUGAGGCCUAUUGGUCGUCUGUGAGCAUGCUGUAUGAGAAGAUCCCCAGCUGUACGCGGCCCAGGCCGCCCAAACCCAAGCAUGCCAUCACCAUUGCUGUCUCUUCCCGGGCACUUUUCAAUAUGGUGGAUGACAGAAAAAUCUACGAAGAAGAGGGUCUGGAAAAGUACAUGGAAUAUCAGCUCACUAACGAGAACGUCAUUCUGACCCCAGGACCAGCAUUUCGGUUUGUCAAGGCACUGCAGCAUGUCAACUCUAGACUCCGUGAUCUGUAUCCUGACGAACAAGACCUAUUCGAUAUAGUACUGAUGACUAAUAACCAUGCCCAAGUGGGAGUACGGCUUAUAAACAGCGUCAAUCACUAUGGUCUACUGAUCGACCGCUUCUGUUUGACCGGUGGGAAAAGCCCCAUUGGCUACUUGAAGGCAUAUCUUACCAACUUGUAUCUCUCUGCGGAUUCUGAAAAAGUACAAGAAGCAAUAAAAGAAGGCAUUGCCUCUGCAACCAUGUUUGCUGGAGCCAAAGACAUGGCUUACUGCGACACCCAGCUCCGCGUGGCCUUUGAUGGGGAUGCUGUACUCUUCUCGGAUGAGUCUGAGCAUAUUGCCAAGGAUCACGGACUGGACAAGUUCUUCCAGCAUGAAACAUUAUUUGAAAAUAAGCCUCUUGCCCAGGGUCCUCUUAAAGGCUUUCUGGAAGAUUUAGGGAAACUGCAGAAGAAAUUCUAUGCCAAGGACGAACGAUUACUCUGUCCCAUCAGGACCUACCUUGUUACAGCUCGGAGUGCGGCGAGUUCAGGUGCCCGCGUCCUUAAGACCCUCCGCCGCUGGGGUUUAGAGAUAGAUGAAGCUCUUUUCCUCGCUGGAGCCCCUAAGGGUCCCAUCUUAGUGAAGAUUCGGCCUCACAUCUUCUUUGACGACCAAAUGUUCCACAUCGAAGCAGCACAAAAAUUUGGUACCAUCACGGCUCACGUGCCUUACGGCAUUGCUCAAAAACGCAACUAG